AUGGUGAAGAGAAACGCUCCACACAGCAGCACCAGGAUCCACUACGUCUCUUCCCCUCCAGCACGCACGCACGCACACGCCGACCCCACAGCAGAGAGAACAGAGACAUGCCACCAGCGAGCGCCUAGUCCCCGGUCCACGCUCCACACGCACGGGUGCAGACUGAGAUUCAAACUCUUUGUGGAUCGAGUUGAAUGUGACAUCGCUCCGACACAGAAGGCGCGGAAUCAAAAGCCAUCAACAUGA